UCGGAGACGCGGCGCGGGGCUCACGCGGAGCGGGCGGGCGCCUGGGCCUCGCUCCCCUCCCCUCGCCGCCUUCUCCCCUCAGCCGGACCGGAACUAUGUGAUCCCGGAAGUUCCGGGGCCAUUGCUGUGUGGGAUAAACAGUAAUGGCGGAGGCUGCGGCUCCCGGAACAACAGCCACAACAUCAGGAGCAGGAGCGGCAGCGGCGGCGGUGGCAGCGGCCUCCCCCACCCCUAUCCCCACAGUCGCUGCCCCGUCCCCGGGGGCGGGAGGAGGGGGCGGCGGCAGCGACAGCAGCGGCGGCGGCUGGACCAAACAGGUCACCUGCAGGUAUUUUAUGCAUGGGGUUUGUAAGGAAGGAGAUAACUGUCGCUACUCGCAUGACCUCUCUGACAGUCCAUAUGGUGUAGUGUGCAAGUAUUUUCAACGAGGGUACUGUAUUUAUGGAGACCGCUGCAGAUAUGAACAUAGCAAGCCAUUAAAACAGGAAGAAACGACUACUACAGAUCUAAUUGCAAAACCAUCCCUUGCUGCUUCCUCAAGUCUCUCAUCUGUGGUUGGACCGCUUGUCGAAAUGAAUACAGGAGAAGCUGAGUCAAGAAAUUCAAACUAUCCAACAGUAGGAGCAGGUUCAGAGGACUGGGUGAAUGCCAUUGAGUUUGUUCCUGGCCAACCCUACUGUGGCCGUACUGCCCCUUCCUGCACUGAAGCACCCCUGCAGGGCUCAGUGACCAAGGAAGAAUCAGAGAAAGAGCAAACUGCAGUGGAAACUAAGAAGCAGCUUUGCCCCUAUGCUGCAGUGGGAGAGUGUCGCUACGGGGAGAACUGUGUGUAUCUCCAUGGAGACUCGUGUGACAUGUGUGGGCUGCAGGUCCUCCACCCGAUGGAUGCAGCCCAGAGGUCACAGCACAUCAAAUCUUGCAUUGAGGCCCACGAGAAGGACAUGGAGCUGUCUUUUGCUGUGCAGCGCAGUAAGGACAUGGUGUGUGGGAUCUGCAUGGAGGUGGUCUAUGAGAAAGCCAACCCCAGCGAGCGCCGCUUCGGGAUCCUCUCCAACUGCAACCACACCUACUGUCUCAAGUGUAUUCGCAAGUGGAGGAGUGCUAAGCAAUUUGAGAGCAAGAUCAUAAAGUCCUGCCCAGAAUGCCGGAUCACAUCUAACUUUGUCAUUCCAAGUGAGUACUGGGUGGAGGAGAAAGAAGAGAAGCAGAAACUCAUUCAGAAAUACAAGGAGGCAAUGAGCAACAAGGCGUGCAGGUAUUUUGAUGAAGGACGUGGGAGCUGUCCAUUUGGAGGGAACUGUUUUUACAAGCAUGCGUACCCUGAUGGCCGUAGAGAGGAGCCACAGAGACAGAAAGUGGGAACAUCAAGCAGAUACCGGGCCCAACGAAGGAACCACUUCUGGGAGCUCAUUGAGGAAAGAGAGAACAGCAACCCCUUUGACAACGAUGAAGAGGAGGUUGUCACCUUUGAGCUGGGCGAGAUGUUGCUUAUGCUUUUGGCUGCAGGUGGGGACGACGAGCUGACAGACUCUGAGGACGAGUGGGACUUGUUUCACGAUGAGCUGGAAGAUUUUUAUGACUUGGACCUAUAGCAGCUUUGCGUGGCACGGGAACUGGUCUGCGAGCCUCAGACAGUAGCUGUCCCCUGUGCCGCGUGGCAGUGCGUGUUGCUCUCCUAGGCAGGCCUCUCCACUCCAGGUGCUGUCGUGAUCACUUACCCAGGGCCUGCUGCUCCCCUCCCCCUUCCCCAAGGAGUGUCUGUUUUCUCUGUUUCAAAAAGUUACAAAAAUAAAUCUUAAAGUUA